ACUGUGGCUGAAAUACAAUGACGACUGGGCACUACAUAAUUCCGCUAUUUAUUUUCAUUGGAGCUUUAGACAACGUAAAUUUGCAGGCAGUUAAUACUAGUCUUGCGUCUCUCUCUUUGGAUGAGUUGGUGAGUGGAUUUCGUUUCCAGCAAUUGCAACUUUCAACAACAAUGAUGAACGCUAGUAUUCAUGCGAGACUUCCCGAGAAAUUAGCUUCAGCAGAGGCUCAAGAGGCGGAUCAAAGGGAAGCAAAAGCAUUCAGAGCCUUUCAUGAAGCGCAGACUCCAUUUAUUGCUACAACGUCACGGUACAACUUAGGAUACAUAGGUCGUGGCUAUGAUUUAUUUAAGGGGAAUCCCCUCAGUGAUGACGGAGUGGUGGAUCAAGGAUUUCGCCUCCCAAUAAUGGAAUUACCCUAUACCCACAAGUUUACUGCGGACGGAGAAUAUCGGAUCCCCGACAAUGUUGAUGUCAUUGCAGAAUCAAGUGCCAAGUUUGGAUCCUCUCUCUAUUCUCUGCAGUCCGAGUCUGACUACAAAAGCAUGUUGAGUGUGGAUGCCUCGGUAAAUGCUGCAGGAGGAGGUUGGGGAGUUAGUGCCAGCUUCAGUGCCAGUGCAUCUUAUCAAAAAAAUACACGGGAAAUUCAAAAAGGGGAGACAACUACCUUAAGCAUCGUGAGUCGUGCUGUGGUAUAUAGAGCUAGGAUGUCCGAGACAUCAAAAGUAUCGAAGGUAAAUGAAUACUUUGAGAAAGCUGUCAUGCUACUCCCUAUGGAGAACUGUGAGGACGAAUCGCUACAGGAAAUGUACCUUAAUUUUAUACGCGAGUUUGGAACCCAUUAUACAACCCAGGUAGUCAUGGGAGCUAAAGCGGUUCAACAGCUCACCUUUGCCAAAUCCGACCUCUCAAAACUGGAAUCAGAAGGAAUAGGUGUUAAGGUUGCUGCACAAGCUUCGUUCAGUGGUUUCGGCGCCUCUGGCGGUGGGGGAUUUAGUGUCGGGGUCAACUCCAAAAGUGAGUCAAAAGAGCGUGUGCAAAAUACCAACAAAGAACAAUAUGAAUACUACAUUGGUGGGAAUCCCCCAGCCGGGGAUUUUUCUUCCGGAAGUACCGAGAGUUUACGAGAAUGGGCGAGAUCUGCAGACGAGAAACCCGUACCAAUUCAGUACAAGAUGACCUCCAUCGAGACGCUCUUGAAGCCUGGAUACUUUAAAGAUAUUACUUAUGGUUUGUUUGAAAGACGUCAGUGUUUACGUAGAGCCCUGUAUACUUACUGUAAAGAGACGGUGUCUCCUUCCAAGUGUAACCCCCCUGACGGUACUUCCACGACCAUCACGUCACGACGUAAAAGACAAGCCGAGAAUAUGGAAAGUGACAACGAUGGAAUAAAGUUUGGUGAUUUUGUCACUCUUCGGAACAAAAAUUCCCGUAAAUACUUGGCGUUGUCCGCUUCCACGGGAUACUUAAAUGGGACAGUCACGAAACCACUUGUACAAGUUAGCAGUAUCACAAACUAUGACGGACUCUUUCAAAUCAAGUCGGGAGAUGAUGAUUCCACAACACUAGGAACUCCAUUAGUGUAUGGUCAGAGUUUUAAACUUGUGUCGGUGGAGGGAGAAAAUAUGUUUACUGGAAGAUUAUUCAUUGAUGAUGUGAGCAAAGCUUCAGCAAGUAAACUUAACACUGCCUAUGAGGGGAAGGAUGGUCGGAAAUUUUCAGCUCCAGGGGAUAUUACUGAUUUCUCCAUCUUCCUAAGAUUGGACAAAGAUCGGUCCUAUUUGAUAAGUUUGCAGAUACAAUGCUCUAAAACUUACAAAUCUUCAAUACAAUAUCAAGUGAAUCUGGAAGGAACAGAAGGGACUGCUAAGUUUCAAAUGGAGAAUAUUUGUAGAAAUAGAUCUAGGUAUAGUCGACUUUACUGGUAUCACGGAGCCUUUGCUGACAAAGAUAUCGGUCAACUUCAGCGUGUCAGGUUUAUGGGCGAUGGAACUGAACCAAUCAAAGGGAUUCAGAUACGAAUUGGACAGAACCGUAAAAUUAUUAGAUUCAAAGUAAUCGGCUUAAACUGUAUUGGAAACGAAUACAAGUUUCCUAUGAGUCCAACAGAAAGGAAACCAGUUGAAAUUGACAUCUAUCCAGCACAGUUCUCAUUCCAUAGCAAGACGCACCCGGCGGGGAGUAUGGUCAGGCGACGGGAUACGGUGUUUGUAGAGGUCGUGUCUGCUGUGGACAGAAAGUCCUUCUGGGGUCAACCAGUGUCACACUUACUGUCCAACAAGAACGGAAAGGUCUCCAUAGAAGAAAAAGGACCAGUGCCCCACAAAGCCAAAACAGACUGCAAUGGCAUCAUUUUCCCAGAUAAUGAGAGGCUCGGUGUCAGGUAUAAUCUUGAAAACCGCUACUUCGUGUCUUUUGGCGUCGAUGUCAUGAUAACCACAGUUGCAAUCAGGACCAAAAAGAGUUUUCAAGCAGAUCAGUUUUACGUGGAAUAUAUUGAUAGAAAUAGUCAAACUUUUCAAAAGUUACAAGACAUUAUAAGAAGCCCUAACACAGGAAAUAGCAAUAGUAUGGUCAUAAGAUUUCCAAAAAUGUACCUUUCAGCAAUCCAAGUGUACGUGAACGGAGUGGUCGACUUCCCAGAAAAUGUUAAUAGCUUUUUGAUUAGAGGUUGUCCUGGUGCUCUUGUAGAGGAGGCGCCUCAGGACACAACUGCGGAAGAAUGGGACCUGAGGCUUAGUGAAAACCAGGUUCAGACCUAUCCAUUUUUACGGGUUAUCACAACACAGUACAACGUGUCUAAUUUUGAUAGGGUUUUCCAAGAACUUGAAAAGCCUUUCUCCGUUCAAAAUUACAGAAAGGAGAUAAUCCUAGAACCAAACCAGAGGGGAUGCAUGGUGGACCAGGACUUUGUCCAAAAUUAUCUGAUGACCACCGACGAAAUUGAAGGGCUGAAGUUUCAAAAUACUCGGGUAUACUCGUCAAUGACAAGCGUGACUAUCACGACUGAUGUAAUGGCCAUGAAUAAGAUUCUGUACGAACAGAACAUGCCAGCAUUAGGUAGUCUGCUUCGUAUGGCGGUACAGAGGUACCCCUGUAAUUCCAGGGAAACAACAGUCUUCGCUUACCGUCAGUCUUCUGAAGAGGGAGCAGGCAUGUCGACUACUGCUAUUGCAGUGAUAACCGUUUUAGCUAUUUUGGUUGUAGCGGCGAUAGCUUUGAUGGUUAUCUUUUUUGUGAUAAGGCGUAAUCGUGAAAAGACAGUUGAGAGACCUGAUAGACAUCCGAUGAUGGACAAAAAUAUCUAUGUUGAUGAGGGAGGAAAUGAGGAUAACAUUUACACAAACAGGUCAUUCGAGGAUCCGAGGCUCCAUCCGGAAGCCUCUCCUGCUAUUCCUACACGACAGAGGCGGAUGACAUAAGUCUGACAUAAGACUUAUAAUAGUAUAUAACCUCUCCCAAAACACAUACACACACUCUUUAAAAUAUGGUGCCACUAACACUUUAAAUGUACUUAAGGUUAUGUUUGUUUUGAUGUAUUUAAAGUACAGUUGAUAUUUUUUUAAUUGGCUCUUACAUUUUACAAAUAUAUGAUAAAAAAAUACAUGUAACAUUGCAAAAAGAAAUUAUAUAUACAAUAUUACUGAUCAAUAUUGAACUACGUAUAUUUGUCUUAUGAAUGAGUAUGUUUUAGGGUUAGUAUAUACAGUUUUGCUUUAAAAUCAGUUUUCCAAAUUUUCUGAUAAUA